GAAUGUGUGAAUGUUUACCCUAUUUACAUGUGUGAGUGGAUACAUAAAACGUAAUUGUUGAUUAGAAAACCAUUAACUUAGUUCAUUCAUUAUUAUAACAUCUAUAUUUUGUGUUAAUUAAUAACAAAAGUAUUCUUAUUUGGAUAAAAUAAUAGGUCGACCUUCAAAAAUGACCUUUAUACUCCACAGUCAAUAGGAUUCUUAUGCGCAUGCGUAGAUUAUCCGUCAAAUUUUGUUUGGCGCGCUGAUAACUACGACUACUUUGAUCACGAUGAAAUUACAUAUUUUAGUCAUUCGUCAGAUACCUUGUGCAGCUCACGUUUCUAACAUUUUCUGCGUUAACUUAGUCACUUACAACGAAAAUGUCUAGUGAAGAAUUAAAUAUCAAGAGAAAAAUGGCACGACAGAAUGGUAUUGUGCAACCUUUGUUGACUGAUCUGUAUCAAAUAACUAUGGCUUAUGCAUAUUGGAAAUCAGGAAAAGUGAAUGAUGUUGCCGUAUUUGAUUUAUUUUUCCGCACAAAUCCUUUCCAAGGUGAAUUCACCAUAUUCGCAGGACUUGAGGAAUGUUUGAAGUUUUUAGAAAACUUUCAUUAUUCUGACAGCGAUAUUCAAUAUUUGCAGCAGACUUUACCAGAGAAUAUUGAGCCUGAAUUCUUUGCUUAUUUAAAAGAUUUAACAUGCAAGGACAUAAGAGUGAGCGCUAUUGAAGAAGGGUCUGUGGUUUUCCCAAGGGUGCCCUUAUUAAGAGUUGAAGGACCUUUAAUUGUAGCGCAGUUGCUGGAAACCACUUUAUUAACUCUCGUCAACUUUGCAAGUUUGAUGGCAACCAAUGCUGCACGGUACCGAAUGGUUGCUGGAAAAAAUGUGUCCUUACUUGAAUUUGGCCUACGACGAGCUCAAGGACCUGAUGGAGGGUUAUCAGCUUCAAAAUAUGCUUACAUUGGUGGAUUCGACGGUACAAGUAAUGUGUUGGCUGGAAAAAUGUUCAAUAUACCAGUGCGAGGUACUCAUGCACAUUCAUUUGUGACGUCGUUCAGCACCCUGGAUGACUUGCACUCCGUCAUAAUCCGACACGCCGAGACCCAGAACCCAUGCAACCUACUCGAGCUGUCGAUAGAGUGGCGCAAGCGCGUGUCCGCCGUCAUAGAUAUAUCUCCGGAGGAAGCGAGCGACGGAGAACUAGCUGCCCUCAUAUCGUAUGCCCUAGCAUUCCCGUCGGGAUUCUUGGCUCUAGUGGAUACGUACGAUGUCAAGAGGUAUAAUUUUCAAGGCUUACCGUCACGACACAGGCAGCAUAAUAUGAAUGGGCAUUCUGGCUACAAUAGCAACUGUGGAACCAAUGGUACUAGAGUACUCAAAUCACCGACUAUUCAUAGUCCGUAUGGAUAUAGCACGGUCGAACGCACACUGAGGAGUGGUCUGCUAAACUUCUGUGCCGUGGCGCUAGCGUUAAACGAUUGCGGCUACCGAGCUGGUGGAAUCCGUAUCGACAGCGGUGAUCUGGCUUAUUUGUCUGUACUAGCACGCGAGACCUUCGAGAGCAUUGCUGAAGCUUUCAAACUACCUUGGUUCUCUAAACUAACCAUUGUAGCGUCAAACGACAUUAAUGAAGAAACAAUACUUAGCUUGAAUGAACAAGGACACAAAAUUGACACAUUCGGGAUUGGGACACACCUAGUGACAUGUCAGCGUCAGCCAGCUUUGGGUUGUGUCUAUAAGCUGACGGAGAUAAACGGACAGCCUCGCAUCAAACUAAGUCAAGAUGUAGGAAAAGUUACGAUUCCAGGUCACAAAGAGGCGUACAGGCUAUUCGGUGCUGACGGCCAUGCUCUGAUCGACUUGCUGCAGCGGUCUUCAGAGCCGGCACCUGAAGUUGGCCAGAAAGUCCUCUGUAGGCAUCCUUUCCAAGAGUCCAAGAGAGCCUACGUGAUUCCCAGCAAAGUAGAACAUUUGUAUAAGGUGUACUGGAAGGAUGGUAUUAUCCACACGAUGCCGAAACCAUUGCACGAAGUCCGCCAGCGAGUCCAGUCCUCACUGAGAACUUUGCGACAAGACAUCAAGAGGAACUUAAACCCUACACCUUAUAAGGUGGCAGUCAGUGAUGACUUGUACAAUUUCAUCCAUGACUUGUGGCUCCAGAACGCACCCAUCGGGGAAUUGUCAUGAAAGAAAUAAAAUAAAAGUUCGGGAUCAAUAUAUUUACUGUCAGGUACAUACAUAGAAAAUUGCGUAUUAAAUCGACGUAUUUUAUAAUAUUUUACAACGGAUUCCUGAUGUGGAUGUUUCAUCUAGAAUAAUAACAAUUGGUUUUGAGUAUCCAAGCCAUCCAAAAUAAUAAAGAAACUAAGUUAUUGCAACCUUUUCUAAUUUCGUGUUUGUCCCUAUACUAGUCAAAUUGAUCAAUAUAAAUUUUAUUCACUGAAAUAUUUAAAAAUUAUAUGUAAAUUGUUUUGGAAUUAUUGUUUCAAAUAUUGUUGCAUUCCUUAACUUUGGAUGGAAAAGCUUAAACCAAAGUAAAUGUUGCCAUUUGAAGACGGUAGAGACUUAUUAAUAGAUGUAAUGUGUUGUAGCCCCUUGCCAUUUGUACAACAUACAAUUUUCCAUUGUUUAAUGCAAGUAGUACAUAGUUAUCUUCAUUACAUUCACAGUGCAUAUAUUUGAAUAUAAUAUCGAAACUGUAUGCGGUAACUUUUAUAUAUUUAGUUAAGUUUUGACGAGAGAUAUAGAAACGUUUUGUACAAAUUAUGUAUUUAUUACAAACAAAACAUAGUGCAUUUAGUUCACCUUUUAGGUAGAUUGAAGGAACGUGAUAUUAGGUUAUUGAUUUGAUCGUUAUUGGUAGCAGCAAUUUAUUGUGAUAUACUACGAUUAUUUGAAUGUUUUUAACUUUUUUUUUAAAAAGCAAACACCUUUGUAACAAUAAAUAUCAUGGUUCUUUCUGAAAUAUUUUUAUAAUCCACAAGACACAAGUUAUACCUAUACCUAUAAUGAUAGAUUGAUGUGUUAGCAACGGUAUAACAUUAUGGUAAAUACUUAUAUGUUUAUGGUACUGUUUUAGGAAUUAGAUUGCCUUUAAUGUAACCGUAAGUAGUUUUACAAAGUUUACAACUUCAAAUAUAAACUUAACGUUAAAUAACUGAAAGUCGACAGUUCAAAAUUGUCGAAUUAGCUUUAGUGUCAAUGUGUUCUAGCUAGCAUUUGUAAAUGUAAACAGAGUAUAUUAUCAGAAGUAAUAUUUUUUGUUUAGUGCAAUAUAAACAUGACUAACUUUACUGGGAUGUCGUAAAAUACCAGAAUUAUAUGUGUUCUUGAAGCAAAACAUGGAAUCUUAAUAAUAUUUAAAGCUCGCAAUUUUAUCACUAAACUCUAUAUUUGUUGACCGAUAUAAUUCUAUUCAUUGCACACAUAUUCUGAAAUGUUAUAAAAGUAAAAUUACAAAUAAAUGGCGUGGUAUAAAGAUCUCCCUCUGUUUUAUCCUAUCCAUGGUUUGAAGCUAAUAAUAGGUAUGGGUUUUAGCGUUUACUGUGCUUUGUGCACAAUGUGUACAUAUUCACAUUUUAAAUGAAUUGAAUGUUUAACUGCUUACUCCCGUAACUGAUGAGGGAACUCGACUAGUUUCAAGCCAUACUAGGGCUCAUAUUCAUGAACUGUAUUGCACGAUAUGAUGCGGCGAUUGUUGCACAGACAUCUCGUUACCUCGUCAGUUUCCUAAGUGAGUAAAUUAUUAAACAUAUAAUAAUAUGUAAUUAUUCAAUAUAUUAUGAUAAAUAAACUAUAAUAAGAUUGAAAUCAAUGUGUGUUGGAAAUGAUUUUAUACUGAUAAUUCUAUCUUUGAGUACUUAGUACUUACCAUACCCCUAGUUUUUUCAACCUUCUAUUUAAUUUUUAUACAACAAACUGGUUUAAAAAAGAUAAUGGCCGGUUUUUGUUGUUUACUUUAAGAUAAUCUUGAAAACGAAUAAUCUAAAAAAAAUUUUUUAAAAUACCAAUUUUAUGAAUAAUAUUGCAGUUUUUUCUUGCACUCCGUCCGCUGUUAGGAUGACAUUUUGCAAAAAAAAAGUUAAGCUAGAUAUAGUAUCGCAUAAUUCCGUAUUUUAAGUGUAAGAGUGCUCUUAUAUUUAGCUGUAAGAACACAAUUUUAUUAUGCUUUUUUACGAAUUUUACCUUUUAUCAAGUGUUCUAAUUUCGAGUAUGAAGUAUCAAAAAAUUAAGUACAUUAUUGCGGUAGAGGCGCUAUCCCUUGAAAUCAUUGUGUGUAGGUUAGCACGAACACUGGCCUGUUCAAUGUUUAUUGUGCCUUUGAAUAUACAUAGCUAUAUAAAGAAACACGUUUUUUAUUCCUUUAUAAUGCAUAUUUUAGAAUUUUGCUUUUACCUACUACAUUAGUUAAAAUAAAUUGGGUGAAACAGAAAGUUAAUAAAUAUCUUACUUUUGUAA